ACCGGGAUCCGCAGUGUUGGGAGCGUCAAGACACCAGCUUUCUUCGGCUGCUUCUUGUUACUUCUUCUGUCCUUUAUCACGCAUCGAAACUUCUGUGAUAGUCGCCCAACAUGGCCCUCCCUCCCAAGGUCUACCAGUUCCUUGUCGGACUGUUCGCGUCGCUUGGAUCGUUGCUCUUCGGUUACGAUCUCGGUGUCAUCGCACAAGUCAUCGCAUCGCCAAACUUCAAGGCGAAGUUCAAUGCGAGUCCAAAUGAGGUCGGAGCUGUCGUGUCUGUCUUUACGGGUGGAGCCUUCUUCGGUGCAGGAGCUGCAGGUGUGAUGGGUGAUGCGAUCGGACGAAAGCUUACCAUUAUGGCCGGCGCCAUUGUGUUCUUGCUCGGUGGAGCGUUGCAGACAGGUGCUCAAGCUCUGUCAUAUCUCUAUGCUGGUCGUGCCAUUGCUGGUCUUGGUGUUGGUAUCCUCUGCAUGAUCAUUCCCCUCUACCAGGCUGAGUUGGCACAUCCCGACAUCCGCGGUCGAAUCACUGCUCUCCAGCAGUUUAUGUUGGGUAUCGGUGCUUUGAUUGCCGCGUGGGUGUCUUACGGCACCUACAUCGGCUUCCCUGACUCCAGCGAAGGCCAAUGGCGUACCUCGCUCGGCCUCCAGAUGCUCCCUGCCCUCAUCCUGGCGGCCCUCAUCCUCUUCUUCCCUGAGUCCCCCCGAUGGCUCAUUGAUCACGGCAAGCCAGAGGAGGGUCUUCGCACGCUUGCGAAGCUUCACGCCCAUGGAAACGAGAACGACCCCUGGGUGCGCGCCGAAUACGACCAAAUCCAGGAGGCCAUCACCAUUGAGCACGAGCUUGAGGCGAAGUCUUACAUGGAGCUCUGGGUCGACAAGUCUUGCCGUCGCCGUCUCAUCCUCACCAUGGCCCUCCAGGCCUCCGUGCAAAUGACCGGUGUCUCCGCCAUUCAAUACUACUCUGUCACUAUCUUCGAGCUCAUGGGCAUCAAAGGUGACGAGACUCUGAAGUACCAAGCCAUCUCCUCCGUUCUCGCCCUCAUUGCCCAAUUCUGCUGCGUUCUCUUCAUCGACCGUCUUGGACGCCGCGGGCCUUUGAUUGGAGGUAACCUGGCAAACAUGGUCACGUUCAUCAUCUCGACCAUCAUGCUCGCCAAGUUCCCCCCUGGAGACUCCCACAACAAAUCCGCAUCCUGGGCCUUCAUUGUCGUCACCUGGCUGUACAAUAUAUCGUUCUCCGCGACUUGUGGGCCUCUCAGCUGGAUCGUGCCAAGUGAGAGUUUCAACACAAAGACCCGUUCUAAAGGUGUUUCGAUAGCUACGAUGACCUCGUUCGCCUUUAAUACGAUGAUUGGCCAGGUGACACCGAUUGCAAUGCAGCAGGCCGGUUAUCGCUUCUAUAUCCUCUUCAUCGUAUGCAAUUUCACCAAUGCCCUUUUCUUCUGGGCUUUCCUACCCGAAACCGCAAAGGUACCGCUUGAAGAGAUGGAUGCGUUGUUCACUAACACGCCACUCUUUGUACCUGGUGCUAAGAAGCGGGAUUACAUGCCCAGAGACCUUGAGAGGAGAGUCGAGGAGGUUGAGGCCAAGCAGAGCUUCACCGCUCAAGAGGUCGAGAAGGUUUAGAUAUUUGUCAGGGGUCGUGUACAUAGGGCUAGCCUGGGCGGGUUGGACAGGUCAGUGCAUUCUGCC